AUGGAGGACAAGUAUAUUGGGCUAAUAUUAGCCGUGACAUCAUCGAUAGCCAUAGGCAGUUCGUUUAUCCUAACGAAGUUGGGGCUUAAUGCAGCAUCUGAGCAAAAUAACUUUCAUGGGGCAGGGUACGACUACCUUAAGAGCCCAAUUUGGUGGGGAGGAAUGUUUACGAUGGUUAUUGGUGAAAUAGCUAAUUUUGCAGCAUAUACUUUUGCACCAGCUAUUUUGGUUACACCUUUGGGUGCGUUGUCAGUUAUUAUUGGGGCAAUAUUGGCAGCAGUUUUUUUGAAGGAAGAACUUGGAAUUCUGGGUAAACUUGGUUGUGGGAUUUGUUUAUUAGGGUCUAUCAUUAUCAUAUUACAUGCGCCAUCUGACAAGGAGAUUAGCACGGUAGAAGAGAUUUUAGAAUAUGCUAGACAACCUGCUUUUGUUUUCUAUACAAUCAUUGUGAUCAGUUUUGCGUUGUUUAUGAUAUAUCAAGUCGUGCCAAAGCAUGGCAACAAAAACCCUAUGGUCUACAUCUCUAUAUGUUCUACAAUUGGGUCUAUAUCUGUGAUGGCGAUAAAGGCGUUUGGGAUUGCAGUGAAGUUAACUUUGUCAGGAAAUAAUCAGUUUACUCAUUUGACAUCGUAUUUCUUUAUGUUGGUGGUAGCGGUAUGUAUAAUGACACAGAUGAACUACUUCAAUAAGGCUUUGGAUCAGUUUGACACUUCUAUAGUCAACCCAUUAUACUACGUGACAUUUACUACUGCGACAUUAACGGCUUCCUUUAUUUUGUUCCGAAACUUUGAUGAUAGUAAUACGAAGGACUCUAUCUCAUUGAUCUCUGGUUUCUUGAUUAUCUUCUCUGGAGUUUACCUAUUGAACCUGUCUAGAAAGAAGAACCACGAUCACAUAUUCAGUGAACAGGACGAUGUGGUUAAUAUUCCAUUAGAUAAUAACUUUGGUGGGUUCACAGUAAGGAAAUCCCUGCAAAGGGAACGUAUCAACCGUGCCAUCUCUCAGUUUUCUCCAAGUGAGGAAAUGGUUCAUUUGACACAUAACAGCAGGGAUAGCGAUGACGAUUUUGAGGUUUGA